UCUCCAUGUGACAUAAGAGAUGCAGACCCUGGCUUUCUACCAGCAGUGGCACAACAGUUCCUUCUGCCUAUCCCUCCUCACGGACCCCAGUCUGCCCUUCAGGCUCCAGGCCACGCUGACAGCCAGCCCAGUCUCCAUUCCUCUCGAGGUGAGGACAGUUGCCUUCCUCUCCAUCUCAGAGGCAGUCCCUUCACAAGAAGAUCUGAAAUACUUGAAGCGUAUCAGAGGAGCCAUCAUGUCCCUGUCCUCCAGCCUAAAGAGUCUCCUCACCGUCUGUGUCCUCGCUGCUUUCGUUGCCAGCACUGUGGAAGAGAGUUACAAAUGUGUACAAUGUGAUCAACAGUGUAACGAGGAGAAAACUUGUGAUUCCUCUCAUGGCUGCUUCAGCAAAAAGAAUGAAUUUAAUGUGACAGGUCUGCCGCCCUUUACUGUCUGGCAGAAAGGCUGUUCUUCAAGCAAGUGUGAGCCACGGGUCUUCUCAGCGACACUGGGGGAGAACUACACAUAUGGGUAUGGCUAUCAGUGCUGCCAAACUGAAAAGUGUAACAAAGCAGACUUCCAAGUGGCUCGGAAGUCCUCGGAUCCCAAUGGCAUUACCUGUCCUGCCUGCUACAACGAGAAAGGUGCUACCUGCCAACCAACUGACCUCGCCUGUAAAGGGGAAGAGACAAAGUGUCUUAACUUUAUAGGCACAGGUGCCUGAGAGUCAUCUGGAAAUAUCAGCUGGCUUCUCCCAGAACAAGCGAUGAGAGAGAGAGACAGCGAGAGAGAGAGAUCGAGCGAGAGCGAGAGAGACUAUAGUUUUUAAUAAUCUAAUCUCAGAAGUGACACACCCUCACUUCCACUCUUGGUCACACACAGAUCAAGACUGACAGCCUGGGAGAGGUCUAUGCCAGUGCACAAAUACCAGAAGAUGGGAACCACUAGGGAUUAUUUGAGAGGCUGACUGGUACACACAGCAAGGUGUGCUACAGGGCCAGAUGCUUGGUUAUCCCUCUAAGGUUUGAAGGGAGACAUCUGGAAGGAGAAAAAAGAAAAAGGAAGAGAGGGGAAGAGAGAGCAUAAUUGCUUCCCAUAGCUAGGACUGAGGCUUGAGGGGGACAUGUAUCACUAUGAUGUCCUGAAAUGAGCUCUUGGCUCAUUGGCAACGAAGGGUGUGAUGGCACCUCAGUUCCGGUUAUUAUCAUCACUACCGUUAUUACCAUUACCAAAUCCCAUGAUUAAGCCUUUACUUUUUGCAUGGUGUCGUUCUGAAAUCUAUAGAAAGAUUUGUAAUUUUCCUGAGUAGGGAAGAAGUAUAUUUGUGGUGAAGGGCACAUAUACCAUUCGACCAUAAUCUUUCUCUUUCUAGAUUGUACAGCUGGAUGGAGGUACUGUCAGUUCUCUUCUGAUCCAUUUGGAAGAGGUUUUCUGGAAUUGGUGGUGUUUUACGAGCUGAUUAAAUGACAGGAGAGAGAAUUUAGUGGGAAAAGAGACGAGUUAUGCUUUCUUUGGAGGGGAAGGGAGGAAGAUCUUGAAGGAGGGUCUGGUACUAGCAGGUGAAGGUCCCUUUGGAUAUGUUGAGAUGACUGAGAAAAAUAUGAUGUCUGGUAGGAUACAGAAAAGGGUUGCAGCUGUUGAUAGUGGGCAGUCUCUACUCCUUCUUACCAUGUGGAUAGCAUAGACAUGCAAUGAGAUUUCACAGUACUAAUCUCCCAAGAAACUCAGAGCCCUGGGGAGAAGAGCCACAAUCUUGAGAGAGAUCUGCAAUAUUUCACUGUGGUUUCCCCAAAGGAAGCAAAGGUAAGGAGGAGGACAGGUACCACUGAAGUAUUUUAGCAAAAUACAUGAGAUCUGACUUCUGUCUAGCUUUUUUCCUACAUCAACGAUCCCUUCCUUAGUCAGGACCCAAAGGCCCCAGUCUCAGUCAUGCAUCUGAGACAGCAAGGUCCCUUUGGGGUCUCUCCUCAACUGGAGAGAUGUUGGGACCAGAAGGCAGUAAGGCUUGGUCCCUGGAUGGAGCUGGAGCCACCACUGAUGCCUCUCAUGCCGAAUGCAGAAGGCAGGGAUUCUGGGGCACUCUGCAUACCCUUCUCUUCCACAGAGGAUGCAUAUAGGUUGACCUGAGGAUGCAGGUGAGGAGGGGGGACACGACUAACCUCUGGAUCCUUCUCU